AUGGAAGGGCUAAGUGCCGGUGCGAGCGUGCUAGCAGUGAUCUCACUAGCCGCCCAAGUAGGCGCAGGCGCCCACACUCUAAUCAAAUUCCUCCAAACCGUCUCAGACGCACCAACCGAGAUCCAACGCCUCGAAAGCCUCCUCGACCAGAUCUACGCGAUCGCAUCAUGUGUCCGGAACGCCCUCGAACACCAGCGCAAACUCCACGGCGACAAACAUAUCCUAGCAGAUGAUAUCCACACAUCUCUGCUCAAUUGUCAAAAGAAAGUUCAGAGGAUUGAACGGAUCGUGGAUCGCUUCAAAGAGACUGAGAAUGGGAGGAGUGUGGUUAGUCGGAGAUGGGCUUCUUUCAAGUUAGCGCUGAAGAAGGAGGAUGUGCUUGAACUUGAGAGGCAGCUUGGUCAGGCUAUUCAGAUACUGGAUAUUGCGAUUACGACGCAUUCUCUGUGA